ACGAGAGGGCUAGAGGGCUUCUGAAAACAAAUUCUGACCGUGACCAAUAUCUCGGCAUGAGCUUGCGGGAACUCAUUCAUCAGUUCAAGUGGCAGACACUGACCCUCUUGAAGUGCUGCCUUCUCCAACCAAAGAUGCUGUUUUUCGGCUCCCGCUGCGACAGAUUGUGCAUGGUCCAAUUUGCUUUUAUUUCUUUGAUACCCGGACUUUUGCACAACCUACGAGACUGUGCGGAUCCCGACUUGAAUUCUUACGAAACAAAACUGGCACAGCCAACGAGUCUACAGAGCAGCAACCGGAGGUCUCUCCUGUCCUUUAUGGGGCUUCCCCUGCAGAUCUUUGGCAAGGGCAGUUUUCUUUGGUCCUUAUACGCCGCGCAGCAGCUCGAUAUUUUGGCUGAUUUCGGGACCAAGUCCUAUUUGGUUGGAAGCACUAACUCGCUCCUUCUUCAGCAAAAAGACCGCUACAGCGACAUCCUCAUUAACUUGGAUGAGGAUACCGUCAUCAUCACGUCUCCGUCUCUGAAAUCGGCUUUGGCCCUGACUGCUGCUGACCGCAGGUGGAUAGAUUUUCUCACCCAUGAGGUCAAUGAGACCUGGGAGGAGGCGAAUCCGAGCCGGCCCAGUACGAUGCAGUACGUGGGGAGUGAAGAGUUCAUCAGGUCGCAGUUCGAAGUAUACAUUAUUCGCCUGAUAGCUUCCGUGAAAUUUCACAACUUUCUCGUUGCCAGUGCCGAUGGGCCAAAGCCUAUGCGGGUAUCGACGAUCCGGCCGUCGAUUUCGGCAUGGACUGGGUUGGUGCCUGGAUGCGCAAUGAUGUAA